AUGGCCCAGAAAAUAGGCGUAAUUUGUCACGAGGACAUGCGACAGGAGCCGGAGGCGCUCAAGGCUGAGGCGGAGCAGGUGCUUGCAAGAUGUCGGGCGUUAUCCUCCCGGGCGUUGACAUACUGCAAUCGGAUAGUUGGCGAAAGCGAUGCUUUGGCUGUCGAGAUCAAGUCUCUGCUGCAGACCAUUACGACAGCUGAGAAGCAAGCACGCGGAUUGAAGAACCGGACCGAUGUGGAGGCCGUGGGCUCAGUCCUCAAGGAGGCUCGAAAUGUCAUGACCGGUCUGGGCCCGGGAGGCGACCUCCGGAAGUUCUGCAAGCCAAAGAAUCCUCUGUUGGUUCGGCUGCUUCUCGGAGACAAGAUUAAUCUGGUAGCGAUGCGGAGGGACGUCAGCCAGGGCAUUCGCGAGGAGUACCACCGCUUCCGGGACACCUCCGCGGCCGUGAUGUUGCUGGGGCCCCUGUCCCUGGUGGUGGGGAUGAGCUGGGUGGAGCGGCACCAGGGCCUCCCCUUCGGAACGGGGGCGCUCACCCCCUGGCUGCUGACCGGUGUUCAGCUAUACCUGGCCUGGUUGUCGUACUUUUACUUGGCGAUGGCGCUGCGGGAGAACGUGCUGUACGUAAAUGGAUCCAGGAUCCGGUCCUGGUGGAUUCAGCACCACUACUGGUCGGCGGCGGCGUCCCUCGUGAUCUUGGGGCUGCCGGUGACGAGUCCAGCGGUUCACUUGUUCUUUCGGUACUUUCUGUUGUGGAGUGUGUUUCAAGCUGCGGUGAUGUUCGUACAGAACCGCUACCAGCGCCGCCGCAUGUACACCCGCAUCGCUCUGGGACGGGACACCGCCAUGGCUGUAGUUGCGGGCGAGAGCAGCGGCAGUAGCGGACAACUGCUACUGCUGUACCCCAUGUUGUACACACUGCAGGUACUGCAAGUGGCCAUAGGCGCUGGAGUGGCCUGGCGCACCUACCCCGCCUUUCUUAGCUCGGAAGGGUGGCUGGAGUCGGAAGCGCAGGGCUCCGACCUUCGCGGUAUGCGUGGUGUGUGCGUGGUGGGUAUUGUGUUCGCUUACAUGGGCUACCGCAACUUCGUAACCACUCUGCUCACAAUGCUGGAGAAGAGGGGAGGAGCAGCGGGCAGGCGCCGCAGGGCAUCAGCAUCAGCAGCGGCCCCUGCGCCGCCCCUGUCGCCGGAAGUAACCGCAAUCAGGAAAAUCGCUCAGCUUCCGCCCAGAGUGAACAAGUGA